AUGAAGCUUUUAGAUGAAAGAUACAAAUGUCGUGUAGAAGGUUGUAAAUUUGUAGAUCAUAAUAAAAAGUUAUUUUCCAAACAUUUGUAUGAUCAUAUUAAAUCUGGAAUUUCAAUGAAAUGUCCUUUUCAAAACUGCAAAUCUAAAACACGAUACGACAAGGUCCCAAAUUUAAGUAACCAUAUUCUCAGGUCGCACAAUGCUAAUACUGAUGUUAACGUGACUAAGUGUAAACCUGAUUUUUUAAGUAAUGUUGAUAAUGAAGUAAGCCUUGCGGAUGAAUUUGUUUUAGAAAAUCAUACUUUUCAGCAUUUAGAAAAAUUAAGUCAAAACAUCAUUAGUUCUUUGUAUUUAGCUUUAGAAUCAAAGUUUUUUGUUACUAAUAAAAGUUUGCAAUUUUUUAUAGAUGGGAUGAUAGAUAUUAAUGAUAUUAAUAGAAGCUACAUUACUAAGCUUUUGGGCCACAAUGAAAUUUUGAUUACUCCGGAUAUGAUUAAAAAUGAUUUGUUUAGUAAAGCUCACGACUUAAAAACUGGAUACUUGAGGUCAAAAUUUAUACGGCAUAAAUUUUAUAAAAAUAAAUUUAAUUAUGUUGCUCCUAAAAAAAUUGAAAUUUGUGAAAAAUCUUUUUUCUAUUAUGUAUCAAUUGUUGACAAUAUAAAAUCAUUAUUUAAUAAUGAAAACUUUAGUAAACAGUAUUUUUCACCCACUAAAUCGUUAGCAGAUAGUAUCUCUGAUGUUCGCGAUGGCUUAGUGUUUAAAAAUAAUCCUUUUUUUUUGGAAAAUGAGGAUGCCCUUCAGAUAAUACUAUACCAAGAUUCAUUCGAAAUUUGUAACCCCCUAGGCUCUUCAAAAAUAAAACACAAAAUAGUUGGUAUUUACAUGGUUAUAGGAAAUAUACCUACUUGGCAUCGCUCUAAAGUAGAGCAAAUUGUAUUAGUAGCUCUAAUUUAUGAAAAGGAUUUUAAAAAAGUUCCCAGUCAUUUAUUGCUUCAUGAAAUCAUUAAAGAUCUUAAAAUUUUAGAGGAUAAAGGAGUACUGAUUGAAAAUAAAACAAUUCGAGGUUCCCUAGCUGUGGUAGUUGGUGAUAAUUUGGGAAACCAUCAAAUCGGUGGUUUUAAUGAAAAUUUCCACCCAAACAGUUAUUUCUGUCGCUUUUGUUACAUUCAAAAUCUCGAUUCAAGUACUAUUUGUUGUAAAUAUGAUAAACGUACUAAAGAUUCAUAUAUGUAUGAUGUUAACAUGUCUGAAACAUGUGGCAAAGCUUAUAGGGGAGUAAAACAUAAUUCCGUCCUUAACAAAUUAUCUCAUUUUCACGUAUGCCAACCAGGUUUAAGUCCAUGUAUUGCCCAUGACUUAUAUGAAGGAGUAAUCGCACAUGAUGUAAUGUUGAUUUUAAAUAAAUUAUUUUCAAAGAAGAUUUUAAGUUUAGACUUCUUGAAUCAAAAAAUUAAGGUGUUUCUAUUAGAGGAAGAAGGAAAAUUACAUUUACCUUUAUUAAAAGGAGAGAAGUUGCAUGCACACAGUAAGAUAAUACGAGAAUUAAAAUUUAUAUUUAUUUUGGAAAAGAUGGACAAACAUUUUUUUAAAAUAUGGAAUCUAAAUAGAGAUAAAAAGUUUGUAGUUGUUGUAGAGGAUAUUAAUGAUUUACUACUGCAGGUAGUCGUAAAAGCAUCACAAAAGAUGAUGAUAGAUGGGUCAAAUUUAGUACUAGAAGUAGAUGGAACUUUAGUUGAUGAAGACGAUGUUCUUCUAUCUUUAAAAACAGAAACGUUUAUCCUGUUAACCAAAGAUGAAAUAUGGCGACCAGCAAUCCAGUCGCUUUCAUCAUGGGAAACUUUGUCAAAUGGUUCAACUUUAAGCCUAUCUAGUACAUCUUCUGGAAUAACUAAUACAAAUACUAAUUUAUUAAUUCAUGAUGUUAUCACCUUAAACAAUACUGCAGAUGCAAAUAUAGAAAAUGUGAAUGUUUCUAAUAUACUACCCAUUGAAUUCAACACUAAUAUGGAAUACCUUUGGUCUAAAUUUAUGGUACCAUGGGAAAAAAUUCCUGCAGACAUUAUUACACAAUGUGAAGAACAUAAGAUAAAUCAGCAAAAUAUGCAUCAGCUGAUCCAUUUGAUCGUACAUGAGAUGAGGCAAAUUAAACAAAACAUUCCUAUGAAAGCAUUUCGGUAUGUGGCUAAGCAAAUGGUCGAUAAAUAUCCAUCCACCUUUAGAGACAGCGAUUCUGAUGGAGUUGUGAUAGGAGAUGGAACACAUUCCUUAAUAAUGAAAUUGUCAGAUAGAAAUCAUUACCUCAAUAGACCUCAUAAACGAAAAAAUACACAAUCGCUGGUAUCUGCCAGUUUAAAAAAGAAACGAUUGAACAAUGAAGCAAUGUGCUGUAAUUAUGAACCUCCUGUAACGAGUAUCACACCAGAAACUAAAAUACACCAUUUAAAUCAACCAGAUAUUGAAGAGAAUGAAGAAUAUUUUUUACUCUUAGAAGAGACCUAUCCCGAACAGAGAAAGUUUCUCAAUAACUUGGAAAAUCCUCCAACUGUUUCUGAAAUUCUUGAAAAGUGGCCUGUGUUGUUGCGCCAAUCGGCAGUAACCUGGCAUUUUCAAAAAUUGACUGAAAUCGACAUCAAUGAUAUCGAGCGAAGUAUAAAUGACAAAGUAGAGAAAAUCCUUACUUUUGCUAAAAACAAGAAAUUAAUAACCAAUAUAAAUAAAGAUAAAAUGAUACAGCAGUGUUUAGAAUUUUAUGCCACUUCAUUUAGAGAAGAUUUGUCUGUAUUCAUUUACACAAUUAAGGACACCGGAGAUGCUUCUAGAGCUACUAAUAUAAGUACUAUGGCCCCUUGUAUAAUCGAAUUCGAUCAACAUAAAAGAUAUGACGUGAUGUUGGAGAAAGAAAUUGUAAAUUCUUUCGUGGCUUUUGUAGAUGCUCUAAAAUACUGUUUCGCUCUGUACUUUAUUUAUAAUAUAGAGUACCCGAAGAAAGUUGGAGCUACAUUAGAGAUGAUACAGAGGUAUCAUUUAAAGUUACAUCCUAUAAGUGGAGCUAAAUCAACUACAACAAAAAAAAAGGUGUUCACUUUGAUGAAUAAAUUAAAAAAUAUUUAA